GUACUGGGGAUGUGGGCUGGCUGGCUGACGGCAGUGUUUUCUAGCAGUGGUGGCGCAGCAUCCUUUGUAUCAUGUAGCCUUGGUGCGGUGCGUGCGGAUUAAGGGUGGAGACAGUUAUCGUUGCCAGGAUCAAGGAUAUUCAUCCAGAGUCGGAGGAAGUACAUGUAGUCUACGUGGUAUAGGCUAUGUCCGUGUGAUUAGGUGUGCCCAUGUACAGAAUGGUACCAUUCUCAGCGAAAGCUAUGAAUUGGCUUACCUGGGUACCGCUCGGCGGAGGAUGCUUCGAGAAAGAGGGGCAACAUGAGUCAUCUUGAUGCGCGAUUAGCGACAGAUACAGUGGCUUUUAAUUGUAUUGCGGAGAAAUACAUUUUUAUGGUCAAGGAUCAAAGGAAUAAAUAUGUCGAGACCGAAACAGUGCGAGGCGGUAAAGGUGGUAGUGCGAUGCCGCCCAUUUAACAGGAGAGAGGAGACUAUGGACAACGAUAACAUAUUGGAGGUGAAUUCAAAACUGGGCCAGAUCACAUUGAGGAACCCGAGGGCGUCACCUGAAGAAGUCAUGAAAUCAUUCACCUUUGAUGCGGUCUACGACUUUGAGUCGAAACAGAGCGAUAUUUAUGACGAUACCGUCAGACCUCUUGUAGAUUCUGUGUUACAAGGAUUCAAUGGUACAAUAUUCGCUUAUGGGCAGACUGGGACAGGUAAAACAUACACGAUGCUAGGUAUGCCCACAGACAAUGAAAGAGGGAUCAUCCCAAAUUCAUUUAACCACAUUUUUACACAGAUCUCCAGGUCUCAGAAUCAGCAAUAUUUAGUGAGGGCAUCCUAUCUAGAGAUCUAUCGGGAGGAGGUCAGGGAUCUGUUAUGUAAAGACAACAAGAAACUAGAUCUCAAAGAGAACCCAGAUUCAGGGGUUUAUGUCAAAGAUCUGUCUUCAGUUGUCACCAAGAACGUCAUGGAGCUCGAACAUGUCAUGAACAUAGGAGAUGAGUCCAGGUCUGUGGGGUUCACCAAUAUGAACGAACGCAGCUCGCGGUCCCAUGCCAUCUUCAUGAUCACGGUGGAGUGCAGUGAGAAAGGUGCAGAUGGAGAGGACCACAUACGGGUUGGGAAGCUGAACAUGGUUGACCUGGCUGGCAGCGAACGCCAGAGAAAGACAGGUGCUAAUGGGGAACGCCUGAAAGAGGCUACCAAAAUCAACCUGUCCCUCUCAGCACUGGGUAAUGUCAUCUCAGCUCUGGUGGAUGGGAAGAGCACACACAUCCCUUACAGGGACUCUAAACUUACCCGCCUGCUCCAGGAUUCACUAGGUGGCAAUGCAAAGACGGUCAUGGUAGCCACUCUGGGACCAGCGUCCAAGAACUAUGAAGAGUCCCUAACGACCCUAAGGUACGCUAACAGGGCUAAAAAUAUAAAAAACAAACCCAAGAUCAACGAGGAUCCAAAGGAUGCUCUGCUGAGAGAGUUCCAGGAGGAGAUCGCCCGCCUGAAGGCCCAGCUGGAGGAGCGAGGGACGCUGGCGAAGGAGAGGAGGAGAAGGAGGAAUAGCAGAAGACUGACUAAAAGUAUGAUUGUUGAGGAUGUAGCCCACAGAGAAAGGGAUGCAGAACUGUGGAAGGCACUGGAAGCGGAAUGGAAGCGGAAUGAGGAAUACUAUAUAAAGGAAGAAGAAGAAAGCAAGAUGAUAGAAGAGGAUGAAAAAGGGGUAGAGAGAUUCAACUCCAUGGAUAACUCUGUAGAGGCCAGUCCCCAAAAAACUGUAACCUCCAGAAUACCGAUACAUAGAUUUAGCUCUGUGGAGGAUAGCCCCAAAAAGGCUUUUCCCACCAGUAGCCAUAGCAGCCCAGGGGCCAGAGAGAAAUGGAAGCCAUUUGGUGAAAAAGAACAGAUGGAAAAGGAAAGGAUGAUGGACGACAUGCAGAAGGAACAGGAAGCUAUGGAAAAGAUUAUUGAGAAAUAUAAGGCAAUGGAGAGCAAAAUAUUGGCUGGGGGAAAGAACAUUAUUGACCACACUAAUGAGCAACAGAAGAUGCUGGAAUUGAAGAGGCAAGAGAUUGCAGAACAGAUAAGACGGGAGAGAGAGAUCCAGCAGCAGGUGAUGGCUCAGGAUGAGGAGACGGGAGAGCUGAGAGAGACCUUCUCCUCCCUGCAGCAGGAGGUGGAUCUCAAGACCAAGAAGCUGAAGAGGUUGUAUGCCAAGCUGCAGUUGGUGAAGGCAGAGAUUGGGGAUGUCAUUGAUGAGCAUGUAGUUACUAGACAGGAGCUUGAGCAGACACAGAAYGAACUCACCAGAGAACUCAAGUUCAAGUAUCUCUUAAUUGAGAAUUUCAUCCCUCCCAAAGAAAAGAACAAGAUUAUGAACCGGCUUCACUUUGACAGUGACGAGGACCAGUGGAGGUCUAGGCCCUUCGUUCCUUCCGAAAGUAAAUCGGCUCAUCAGGUGAAGCGAAGGCCCACGUCUGUGGUGGGAUACAAGAGACCAAUCAGCCAAUAUGCACAGAUGGCUGUCACAGCAGGAGCUCCAUGUAGAUACCGGGCUGAGAAUGUGAUGCUCCUGGAGCUCGAUAUGAGCCCACCCAGCAUGUACAACCUCAACCUUAACGGAGCACACCUGGAACAGAACUUUGGAGGUCACGGUAGUCCCAGGAGAGACCUACUAGCCAACGUCCCAUUCAGGGACAGGACCACUGCAUCAGGAAGGAUCCGGAAGUCACGAUCCUGGUACCAGGCACCACGCUCAUCCUCUUCAUGCGUCUCAUCCUCUUCAUCAUCCAGCUCUAUAACAUCAGGGCCCCAGACCCAGUGCUCUCCUCACCCCCAGAGACCCUCCUCAGCCAUAUACACUCCAUUGGAAGGUUCCAUUCCAGGGGGCCCCUGAGUCUAGAUUCUAGAACAUUCCAACAUUCCAAUGUAUAUCAUAUAUGCUUAUUUGCUAGGUCAAAAAUAUACAGGUUAGGACAAUGGAAUAAUUCCAUGCAGCAGUGUUAGAAAAUAAACAAUUUCAUUGGACUAGCGCCUACAGGAUUAGCAUAAAAAAUGUGACCAGUGGCCAGGAAAUCAAGUAGUAAAGUGACUGUAGAUAAUUUGAUAAACGUUUGAAUUAAUAGAAUGACAGUAAAACAGUUAUGCUAUGUGUUUGAUGAGUAGUUAGCUGAAAUGUACUACGAUUGUGGUUAUUUUCCAAGUUUGAUGGCAAACUUUCUGUACUGCUAACAUUCACUUCCAGUAAUUUUCACUCGCAUUGCUAGCAAUGAGGUACAAUAGAUUGCUAGUCCCAUUGUUUAUAAUCCUUUCGCAUUUAUAGAGACAUUCAUGGGAUUUUAGAAUCCUCUUGUCCUAACCUGUAUAUCUGACCUGUCUGCAUUAUCAACAAUUUCAUAGUGUAUUAUUUCACCAAACACAAUUGGUCUGUAACCAAAAGUAAUUUGCAUUUGUGGAAAAUAUUGCACCGCUGAACCUUGACUAAAGUAUAUGACUAAAGUAAUGUUUAGCUUUUGAUGUACAGAAACAUCAGAAUAAAUGGUACAAACUGUUACAUAACAUAACUUGUAUGAGCCUACAUUGUUUAGGGAAUAGAGAAAAUACCUGUCUUUCAAGUUGAAUGAACUGCCAUUGGCCACAACAAAUAGGGCGAAAAGGAAAAACACCUGCCUUAACGUUGUUGAGGAUUUACUCGGUAAUAUUAUAUUUUAUUAUAUUAUAUUUUAGUCUGAGCACCCAAUCU